UCACAUCGACCGUCACUGAGUCGAAGCCUGUGCAAUCAGAAAGUGCUGCAGUACAAGGCAGCACAAGUGUGUUAUUUUCACACAAAGAAAAGAUGUUUUUUAGAGAUAAUUUUAUUUUCACAAGGUGUCAAAGGCUCUGCCAAGAGUGACAGCUGGUGUUUACAAGUCCUGAAGGUUGUGUAAAGCGUCAAGGGCGGAAAACAGUGAGCCUCCUCUUCACUCCCCCCCAACCUCCUCUGCGUUGUCCUCCUCCUCCUCCUCCUCCUCUCGCCCUGCCAGCCCAUCUUUCCCCCAGAGGAAAAAGAGGCAGUCGGCAAAACACUGCAGUGGAGGAGAGGUGGUUGACGAGCGACACAGAAAAUCUGAGAAAUCUCAUCUGUUCACACGACUUUACGAAGAAGGUUUCCUAGAGGGUUUUGUUUGAGCAGAGGUCAGAGAGUAAAAGUCCGCAGCCAUGUCACCUUUCCUGCGCAUCGGCUUCUCCAACUUUGAGAUCGAUCCCGGUCUGGCCUACCAUGAAGAAGUGCUCAACCCAUACUGUGCUGUCUACAUGAAAGAGGCCAUCGAGACAGAGAAGGGCCAAGUGUACAAGCAGAAGAAGCCCACCAUGUACCCGCCGUGGAGCACUACGUUUGACGCUCACAUACACCGGGGUCGCAUCAUGCACGUGAUGGUGAAGGACCGGACGGCAGAGCUGAAGUCUGAAGCCACGGUGGCUUUGGACUCGCUGGCAACCCGCUGCAAGAAGGAGAACGGCAAGCUGGAGAUCUGGCUGGAACUGAAGCCACAGGGUCGCCUGCUGAUGGAGGCCAGAUAUUAUCUAGAGAAAAGCGAUGCUCCAGGUCAGUCUGAGGGAGACCCUGAGUCUGAGCGGGAGAGAGAUGGGUUGUUUGCCCUCCAUCAGCGACGCGGUGCCAUCAAACAGGCCAAAGUUCACGUUGUCAAAUGCCAUGAGUUUAGCGCCACAUUCUUCCCUCAGCCGACCUUCUGCUCUGUCUGCAAAGAGUUUGUCUGGGGUCUUAACAAGCAGGGAUACCAGUGCAGACAGUGCAACGCAGCUAUCCACAAAAAAUGCAUAGACAAAGUCAUCGCCAAAUGCACUGGCUCAGCAAUAAACAGCAAAGAAACAAUGAUCCACAAGGAGCGCUUCAAGAUCGACAUGCCCCACAGGUUCAAAGUCUAUAACUAUAAAAGUCCCACCUUCUGCGAACACUGCGGGACUCUGCUGUGGGGGCUCGCCAAGCAGGGCCUCAAAUGUGAGGAAUGCAGCAUGAAUGUCCAUCAUAAAUGCCAGAAUAAAGUGGCCAACCUCUGUGGGGUCAACCAAAAACUGAUGGCUGAAGCUCUGGCCAUCAUCGAGAGCAAACAGCAGGCCAAAAGCACCAGAGAAACUGACAUCAUCAGUCGGGAUGGUCCAGUAGGCAUCGGCCAGCCAGGAAUGGUCCGAGCUCCGUCUGGGUUAGUGAUGGGUUUACCGGCCACAGCUACACCUGCAAACAAAGAGUUGCAGGGUGUUUCGUGGGAGGGACCAACAGACUUCACCAGGCCGGUCAGGGAGGCGCCAACAGAUGAAGAGCCUCUGUACGCUGUCCCAAAGAAGGAUCAUCAAUCCAAAUUCAUCAUUGACGACUUUGUCCUGCAUAAGAUGCUCGGGAAGGGCAGCUUUGGCAAGGUGUUUUUAGCCGAGCUGAAAAAGAGUGGGAAGUUUUUCGCAAUCAAGGCUCUAAAGAAGGACGUGGUCCUGAUGGACGACGAUGUUGAGUGCACAAUGGUGGAGAGGAGGGUCCUGUCUUUAGCCUGGGAAAAUCCCUUCCUCACACACCUUUACUGCACCUUCCAGACCAAGGAGAACCUGUUCUUUGUGAUGGAGUAUCUAAACGGAGGGGAUCUGAUGUUCCACAUCCAGAGCUGCCAUAAGUUUGACUUACAUAGAGCCACUUUCUAUGCUGCUGAGAUCAUCUGUGGGCUCCAGUUCCUGCACUCUAAAGGAAUCAUUUACAGAGAUCUGAAGCUGGAUAACGUGCUGUUGGACUCUGAGGGCCACAUAAAGAUAGCAGACUUUGGCAUGUGUAAGGAGAACAUGCAGGAAGACACACGGACCUCCACCUUCUGUGGGACGCCCGACUACAUCGCCCCUGAGAUCCUGCUGGGUCAGAAGUACAACAGCUCAGUGGACUGGUGGUCGUUUGGCGUGCUGCUGUAUGAGAUGCUGAUCGGUCAGUCUCCGUUCCACGGCCGAGACGAGGAGGAGCUGUUUCAGUCCAUACGCACUGACAACCCUGUUUAUCCCCGCUGGCUCACCAAAGACGCCAAGGACAUUUUAGUCAAGCUGUUUGUCAGAGAGCCUGAGGAGCGGCUGGGAGUGAAGGGAAAUAUCAGGCAGCACAGUUUCUUCAGCAGCACUGACUGGAAUGCCCUGGAGCAGCGGGAGGUGGCGCCACCCUUCAGGCCAACCUUAUCGUCGCCCAGUGACUGCAGCAACUUUGACAAAGAGUUCAUCAACGAGAAGCCUCGGCUGUCCUGUGCCGACCGGACGCUCAUCAACAGCGUCGACCAGACAAUGUUCAGGAACUUCUCCUUCGUUAACCCGGGGAUGGCUCGCAUCGCAGCACGCUGACCACCUGACCAACGACCGAACUACCUACAAGACAAGCCGCUCAGUCACAAACCAGCACUUAACUGUAAUCGAAAGAAACUGCACAGACUUUAGACCAUGAAUGUCACAAAAUUCAGCUGUAUCUGUAAAGAUGAUGAUAACCACUAAAGGGUGUGUACAGGAUGUAAGGCACACAAACGCAACUGUGACGGGAUAUUUAUUGAACAUCCUUUCUGUAUCUCCCCAUUCAAAUCUCAAAUAUCUUCAAAAACAGCCAAAAAACAAAUAGGUAUGUGCUGAGACAGGGAGGCAAAGAAGAUAAACCAAGACUCUUAACAUAAAAAAUCACAGUUUACCUGAAGUCCAUUAUGAUAUGUCACAUAUAAUUUGUCAAAUUGUGUGUAGGCUAAAACAUAACUCACCAAUUUAAUGCAUGUAAUUAAUUAUCUAUAGAAUUUCCCCUUAAAAGAAGACAACUCAGGUGUUUUUAUUUUCCCAUAUAUUUGGGUGUAAGUGAUUGAUAGGGACAAAAUUCCACAUUUGGAAUCUGUGCAGUAUUUAGCAAGAACAGUGUAACCAGCAACCACGAAUAACUGCUGCAAAGUAAUCCAGUGGACAACUGUCCAUGUCAAAGUACGUCCCCUAAAGUGCUUGUUUUUGUCACUGACAGAUUCAGAUUGUUAUUAUAAAAGUGUCUUUUCAUUUAACCAGAAAUGUCACUACAUAUCACUACCAGACUCCAUUGACAAAAACAGUAAUUUUACCGAGCAGAACAUGGGAGGUGUUGGAAUACCACUGCCUCAGUCAGUUUGUUUGUGUUAUUGUGUGACUGUCAGUGGUGGAAGAAGUAUUCUCAUGAGUAAAAGCACCACACAAUAACAUAAGCAAACUAACCAAUUCAGUCACGGGUACUCCAGGGGCUCCUGAGUUCUGCACAAUAAAAUUACUGUUUUUGUCAAUGGAAUCAUACUAAAUAAAAAGGUCUAUCUCUGUAGGAAUCCUAUUUGUAACGACAAUCUGAGCCUGUCACUAUGAGGAUGACAAUUGGCCUUUGGAUUACAUUGUAGCAGCUGUUCAUGGUGGCUACUGUUCUCAUUCAAUAUGUCACAGAUUCCAAAGAAUUUUCUCCCAAUUAAUCAUUUACUCCCCAAAAUAUGGGAAAAUAAGGUCCACAAUACCAGAGUUUCAUUUUAAGUUAUUCAACCCUUGCUGUCGUGCUUAUCGGGGUGUGUUUAUCAAUAGAAAAUGUGCUUGUAAUUAACUUAUGGUGCCUCAUAAUACUUUAUGAAGUUCAUUUCUUCACUUCAAGUGAAGCAAACUGAGAAAUUUGAUUACACCAAAUUCAAUCUGUUGUCCUGUUGUUGUUUUAUUCCUUGUCCUAUUCCAUAGAAUACUGUGUCUUUUACCUCCAUUUUGGGUACAAAUGUUAAAAAUACAUUUGUGUAAAUAACUGUAAUGUAAUCAUGUUGAUAUACUGUACUGUUGUUUGAAUAGAUCUCUUACUGUGUAGCAGAAGUGAGUUACAGGGUAAUGUUUUUUGAUUGUUUUCUUAUUGUACCUCAGGUGUUAUUUCUAUGCUGUUAUUUGGAUCAGCUACUUAGAUCCCUACAUACUGUAGUUUUUAUUGUUCUGAAUCAUGUACAAUAAAAUGUGUGUUGUUGUUUUUCCUUUUCUUUUUUAAA